CGUAGAACACAUAAUGCUUUAUUUUGAAGGCAACUCUCCCAAAUGACUCGGAGUACGUGCACCAGGAAAUGCCAUAGUUUGCUUUUUCAUCUGGGAUGUUAUUGCUGAGCUUCUUCGCCCUCUCCUGAGUCCUGAAGCCUUCACGCCCGCAUAGUAAAGUUUUUGUAGGGAUGUAAUGGCAGGAAUGCAGCCCGGGUGAAGAGGCAUUGCUGUAUUAACUCUGAUAUCUGCACAGAGAUUUCUAUGUUGAAAUGGCUACCUUGUCAAUAUUAACUGUAAAGUGUGGAGGACAAAGAGAAGGCAGAAAUCAAGGCUUUGAAUCCAGGUCACAUGUGUAUUUUUGCAAGGACUUUUUCACUUGCUAUUUAUUUAAAACUUCAUUUAGAGGAGAAAACAGAAAUUGGUCGAAGGCUUUUGAAAGUUCUAUGAUUAGAAGAAGAAAUGGGUUUUGUGUCAUUGCAAAAGUCAGAAAGGGAAAGAAUCAUGAUUAUCCAUGGCCAGAAGAUAUUGAUCCAAAUAUCACCAGUGGUCACUUGACUUACCUGUCUCACUUCAAGCCUCUAACUGAGAAACCAAAACCAGUCACACUUCCUUUCGAAAAGCCAUUGGUUGAUCUAGAGAAAAAGAUUAUUGAGGUACGUAGGAUGGCUGAUGAAACUGGUCUAGAUUUUAGUGAUCAAAUUGGUGCUUUGGAAAGCAAGUAUCAACAGGCUCUCAGAGACUUAUAUGCACAUUUGACACCUAUCCAACGCCUAUCUAUUGCUCGACAUCCCAACAGACCAACAGUUCUUGACUAUAUAUUGGAUAUCACAGAGAAGUGGGUGGAACUCCAUGGAGAUCGUGCAGGCUAUGAUGACCCUGCCAUUGUGACUGGUAUUGGCAGCAUGGAUGGUAAGAGUUACAUGUUUAUAGGCCAUCAGAAAGGUAGGAACACAAAGGAGAACAUUGCACGCAACUUCGCAAUGCCAACUCCUCAUGGUUAUCGGAAGGCUUUGCGUAUGAUGAAAUAUGCUGAUCAUCAUGGUUUUCCUAUUAUAACAUUUGUUGACACUCCUGGGGCCUUUGCUGAUCUCAAAUCUGAGGAACUUGGCCAAGGUGAAGCAAUAGCCCAAAACUUAAGGACAAUGUUUGGCCUCAAAGUGCCCAUAGUAACAGUUGUAACAGGUGAAGGUGGUUCAGGUGGAGCUCUUGCCAUUGCUUGUGCCAAUAAAUUGUUUAUGCUAGAGAACUCUGCUUUCUAUGUUGCAAGUCCUGAAGCAUGUGCCGCAAUAUUAUGGAAAUCUUCCCAAGCAGCUCCUAAGGCAGCUGAAAGACUCAGGAUAACAGCCAAAGAACAUUACAGGCUCAAAAUUGCUGAUGGUAUAAUUCCUGAGCCUCUUGGCGGUGCACAUAAAGAUCCUCUAUGGACUUCCCAACAAAUUAAGCUUGCAAUCACCCAGGCCAUGAAGGAAUUGGCAAAUAUGGAUAAGAAAGAGUUGCUCAACCACCGUAGACUCAAAUUCCGGUCAAUUGGAGGUUUCCAAGAAGGCAUUCCUGUGGAGCCAGAGAGGAAACGCAACAUGAAGCCAUCAGACAACAACAUGCCUAAGACUGCUGAUAUGGUGACAGAGCUUGAGAAUCUAAAGAAUAUUCUUGAGCCAGGACCAUCCAAUUCAACUGCCAUUCAAGCAAUUGAAAAACUCAAGCAAGAUGUAAACCACGAGAUUAGCAGAGCAUUCAUUUCGAUGGGAUUGCAAGAAAAGUUUGAAUCGAUUAAGGCAGAGUUAUCUAAAGCCCCAAAUCCUCCUGAUCAGGCCCCUGAUCGUAAUGUAAAGGAGGACAUGUAUGAAAUAAUGCAGGAAUUUAAACAGAACUUGUUGCAGCCGGGGGCCUACCUUGGGUUAAAGUACAAGCUUGCAAAGUUAAGAUUGGUUAGCAGGUUCAUUGAGAUUACAGAGAAAAGUAAGAAACUAAAGGCAGAGAUUAAUCAGAAAAUACCACUUGAUAUCAAAGCAAAGAUGGAAGUUCUGAAGAAUGCUCAGGAAAAAUUAUCCAAAGGGGAUUCCAUAAACAAAGAUUUAGCAGAGGAAGUGGAGAGAGCAAAGAAAGAGAUAGAGGAGGUUCUUAAGUCAGCUAACUUGGAUAUUGUUGGGGUGACUAAGAGAAAGAUGGUUAGUUCAUCUCUAGAUUUAAGAAAGAAGAUAGUGGAAUUGAACAAAGAGAUUCAGGAGGAGAUUGAGAGAGUAAUAGAUGAAGCUGGUCUUAGGAGCAAACUUAAGGAGUUGAAGGCGGAGAUAGCAAAAGGCUCAACUUCAAAAGGUGUUGAAAAAUUGCAAGCAGAGAUAAAGGAGGGGAUUCUUGCUGCUUUGGAUGUCAGUGUCUUGAAGGAAAAGGUUGACAAUCUGAGAGUGGAGUUGGCAUCCUCCACAGGAAGAGCUACUGAAGGUAAGGUUGGUGCCGAAAAUGGCAAAUGCUGAAAGAACUUGCUUUGUUACAAAAAGAUAGCUAUAGGACAUGAUGAUACAUCUUCUUGUAUUCAAAUUAUGUAUUACAGAACAAUGAUAAGAUGUUAUCUAGUA